GAAGAAUAACAAACACCCAACUGAACACCGGCCUAACACCGGUGAUUGUUGUAUCUUUUUUUUUUUGAUUGAUAAAAAUGGAAACAUUUCUUUUCAAAUUUUAUUCGAUUGACUAGAGCUGUAAAAAUUAUUGUGUUCUAAAUGUUUGAUUAUUUUCAAGUUGCUAUUUCAUUGCACUAAUUUAGUUUUGCAGUAUAUCUUCGCACGCAUUUUUGCAUAAGCUGCAAGAAUAUCUAUCUUGAAAUCUGUUGAUUUUUCUUCGAUGAAAAUUUUUACUGUCUAGUUUUCCUCUUCGCGUUUUGAAUGAAAAUGAGGAAAUUCGGAAUUUCAUUCUGGUUCUACUGCGUCUUAUUGUUGCUGCACUCAUCAAAGGGAGAAAUUCAUGAAAACGGUUACCUCGUGUAUUGUCCCUGCAUGGGUCGAUUUGGCAAUCAAGCUGAUCAUUUUCUUGGGGUAUUAGGUUUUGCUAAAGGAAUAAAUCGCUCGCUGGUACUACCUCCUUGGGUGGAAUAUAAAUUUGGUGAAUCCAGAUCUCGACAAAUUCCAUUUGAUACUUAUUUCAAAAUAGAACCUCUGCAAAAAUUUCAUGAUGUGAUUUUGAUGAAAGAUUUUAUGGAAAAUGAAGCAAAAGAGAUAUGGACUCCUGAGAAAAGAACAGCAUUCUGCUACAUGCCUAGAGGAGAGAAUAAUUCAUGUAAUGCCAAGCAAGGAAAUCCAUUCGGUCCAUUUUGGGAUACAUUCAACAUAGAUUUUGUGUCGUCUGAAUUUUACAAUCCAUUACAUUAUGACGUAUACCAUUCGGAUGUGGCGAAGAAAUGGAUGGAAAAAUAUCCGUCUAAGGAUUAUCCUGUUCUAGCAUUUACUGGGGCACCCGCUAGUUUUCCUGUUCAAAAAGACAAUGUUUAUUUGCAGAAGUAUUUAGUUUGGAGUGAAAAAAUCGACCAGAUGGCGAAUACAUUCAUGAAAGAAGUGUUACCAUCGGGUGGUUUCAUCGGUAUUCAUUUGCGAAAUGGUAUUGACUGGGUUCGAACUUGCGAGCACGUUCCUCAGACUCCUAUUUUAUUUUCAUCACCUCAGUGUUUUGGUUACCAGUCGGAGUAUGGCCCCACUACUUCAGAAUCAUGCUUCCCCUCUAAAGACACGAUUAUUCAGCAGAUUCGUCGAGUAAUGAGGAGUAUGAAGGAUGUAGCUUCAAUAUUUGUCGCAUCUGACAGUAAUCACAUGAUUACAGAACUGAAGGAAACUUUUAAUCAUUUGGCUGUUGAAAAGUACCCAGAGAAUAACCCUCACGUUGAUUUGGCUAUUUUGGGACGUGCGAAUCAUUUCAUUGGAAAUUGUGUGUCUUCCUUUAGUGCUUUCGUCAAACGCGAGAGAGAUGUAAGAGGCUUUCCGUCUUCUUUCUGGGCUUUCCCUCCCAAGAAAUCUACUGUUCGAGACGAAUUAUGAUUUGUGAGUAUGAAAAACGUUUUUUUUUUUUUCGAUGAAGAUUUAAUUUAGUUCUCGAGGCAUUAUUCUGACUCGAUUUUUAUAAUGCUAUCUGUAUCAAUAUUUAAUUUUUUAUAAAACAUAAAGUUUCCAAUUUUGUGGGCUUCGGUGCCUUGAUCUUUUUACGCGUUUUGCUUUCGUUCAUUGCGUUUUCUCAGUACAAUUUCAUCGCAGUUUUUACUAUUCAGUGCCUGCUACUGAUACUUACCUAUCUUCAUCAUGUUCAAUCAUGUUUUUACAUAUGUAUGUGUACAUUGCCUGUUUCAUUAAGAAACGCUAAAAACACUCUGUACAAAGACAAACUAGGACAAACUGGAACGACAAACAAUCGACCACAUAUUUUUCAAAAUCAGCAAUUUUUCUCUAACGUUGUCCAAUGAAAAAGCGCGAAUUUAAAAAAAAGAUGUGGUUUGUUAAAAGUUUAGCUUUCUAGUUUUGUUCUAUGAAACGGACCGUAAUUCUACCAACUUUCAAGUUUUGUCUUCGGAUUUAGAUUAUUUUGGAUAUACUUGUCUUUUCUUUUUUCUGUGAUAUAAUCGUAAGAUUGUAAAGUUUAUAUUGUUUAAAAUUAUGACAUUACUUUUUUACGUAAAUUUUUAUAAAUUGAUAUCAUAAUUGUAUUAAAACUUUUAUAAAACCGAAAAUUUUAUUGAUGAUAAACACGAUUUCGCUACAGCA